AGUGAGGCUCCGCCUGGCUCAACCCAGAUAUGGCUUCGACCUUCUCUAUGGAUGAAAGAGAAGCUCUGUUGCAUAAUAGAUGUAAUUCUCCUGACAGUGGAGAGCCCCAGGCAGCCCGAUGGUCUGUAGGAUUUAAGAAAGCAUGGCGCAGAGAUUACUGUCCCUGGAUACCAGCUCGUUACACCCUGGCCAUUAUGAGCUUCCUAGGAUUCGUCAUAAUAUAUGCACUGAGAGUCAAUCUCUCCAUGGCUAUUGUAAUAAUGGUCAAUAAUUCAGCUAAUGGAAGUGCUAAUAAUCAAUUUAACUGGACUUCAACAGAGCAAGGAUGGAUUCUCUCUGCAUUUUUUUAUGGUUACGUUAUCACUCAGAUUCCGGGAGGCUUGCUUGCUGCUAGAUAUGGAGGAAAGACUGUACUCGGACUUGGCAUUGUUAUAACAGCGGCUCUCACCCUAUUAACUCCCUUAGCUGCUAAAUUAAACUUGGGUGUACUCAUUGGAUUAAGAGUAUUAGAAGGAUUAUUUGAGGGUGUAACAUUCCCAACAAUGCAUGCAAUGUGGGGUAAAUGGGCUCCUCCUGCUGAAAGAAGUACACUGGCUACCAUAACAUAUGCAGGCCCCAUUGUUGGUAAUGUGGUGUCAUUCCCACUCUCAGCUGUUCUCUGUGUGUAUGGGUUUGAUGGAGGCUGGCCUUCUGUAUUCUAUACAUUUGGUAUUUUGGGAAUUAUUUGGUACAUAUUUUGGUUGAUACUAAUUUUUGAUUCUCCUGCUAAUCAUCCUCGCAUUUCAAAGGCUGAGAGAGACUAUAUAGAGUCUGGUAUUCCUGAUGCUGAUAAAAUGGUUCCCAUUCCUUGGUUUCAGAUAUUCACUUCACGAGCAGUCUGGGCUAUCAUAGUAUGCUUUAUCAGUUAUGGCUGGGGAGGAUACAUUAUGUUAACAUGUAUACCAUCAUACUUACAUGAUACUCUUGGACUAUCAUUAGGAAAUAAUCUUAUUGAAAAUGGCAUAUUCUCUGCAAUACCUUACAUNGGAUAUGCAAUAGUUACAAUAGUUGGUGGACGAGUAGCAGACCUGUUAAGAAAGUGCAUAUCAACAAAAAAUGUUAGAAAAGCAAUGACAAUCUCAGCAUUAGUUCUUGGUGCUGCUGGGCUACUAGUUUGUGGAUAUUUUUCUAAAAGUAAAUUUGAUUCUGUCUUGUAUCUUUCCUUAACGGUUGGAGUGAGUGCUCUCAUUCAAGCAGGAUUUAUGAUUAAUCAUAUUGACUUGGCUCCAAGAUUUGCUGGUGUGUUGAUGGGUAUUACUAAUACUUUUGGAACUCUACCAGGUAUUGUAUCCCCAGUGGUUGCCAAAUAUAUUGCACAGAAGCCACCAAGUGGUUCUGAUGUGAAGCAUAUAUAUCAAGAGGAAUGGAGAGAAGUAUUCCUAAUAUCAGCUGAAAUUUACAUUUUUGGUGCAGCAGUUUAUCUGAUACUAGCUGAUGGUAAAAAGCAAUGGUGGGCUGACGGAGUUAAAAAAGAAAGGAAAAAUUAUUCAAUUCAAUAAAUACUGCCCUUUGGGUUCGCUGAAUACAAAUAGUUGAUAAAUUUGUUUUUUUUUGUACACUGCCAUUAUUUUUAGUACAAAAGUCUAAGUAAUUAUUUUUA